UGUAAGGGUGCGGUUUCUUAGUAACUGCGAGUUUACUGAAGUCACGAGUCGAAAAGAAUGGAAUUGAAGGAGAUUAGUGAUAUUCUACAAAGGUGCGGCAUUAAAAGAAACAUCGACGUCAGCCAACUUUACUUUGCCAAGAGGGGAAUGAUCUCUAUCCCGGAUUUGUCAAGAUUCCCAAUGCUGAGACGUUUAUGGGUGAACAACAAUAAGAUCAAGAAUAUUUCCUGUCUGGCCAUCAGUUGCUGCUUGACUGAACUUUACCUGCACAACAAUACAAUUACCUCUAUUUCAGGAGCCUUAGGUCACCUGACUUGCCUGAAGAUUCUGUCAUUGCACAACAAUGAGCUGAGGAGGCUAGAGGAGUCAGUAAGAGAGCUGAAGAGAAUGCAGUGCCUCCACAUUGUCAGUUUUUACCUGAACCCACUGACGUUAGAUCCUCAAUAUCGCCACUAUGUGGUCCACCAUUUGCCAUCUGUUAAAAUGCUGGAUAGUAAAGAGGUGAAGCAGGAGGAGAGGAAGGCAGCAUUUCAGCGAUACAGUCCAGACAGACACCGUGUCCUGCAGUCUCUGGCCUUCGGGAGGCGAGCGGAGGCUGCUCUGCUAACCGGAAGCGGCUCCAUCCCAGUGGGAGGAGCCAGAGCAACAGGCGCUGAUGGAAUCUUACCUGAGUAGCACUGAUGAUAAACAACAGGCAAGAACAUCUAUGGUUAUGCAGCAGCCAUAAACAAAACAUACCUCUCUUUGUACUGUACAUACAAGAAUUUGUAACUGACAUUUUUAAGGCUACGUUUUGCAGGAAGGCUGGUGCACAUGAUACUUCAGUAGCAUGUAUACCAUUAUUUUACUUUUUCCUUUAUGACGCCGAUUAAAUUUCCCCGAUUGUGAUCUAAGCAUUUAUCGCUUUUUAAAAAUUAAUCUGUGUUUAUACCAACCAAUACAUUUCAACGAAAAAACAUAACUUGAAUAUAUCCAGGGACCUGCUGUAGUGUCCUUCUAUAAGGUACUUCAGCUGAACCGAUUCAGUAUUCUGUGCCAAUAUCCUGAGGAAUAAACUACGAGGAAGAAAACGAAAGUCAGUAUUUUAAGAGCAGGAACAUGAGGGGUGGGGGGUCUGCUCUGCAAAUAAAUCAAAGCCUGAGGCAGAUACACUCCUAUGAUGACCACAAAAGGCCGCACAUUUUCACAAAUGAGCACUUUUAGCUUGUGCACUGUACUGACAGCUGGAACUGAGUCUUGUCCUUCUGAAGACAGACAAGGUAAUCUUCCUCCCAAAGAAAGAAAUGUGGCAAUACUGCCAACCCAACCCAAAAACAAGGCCACCGUAGAGCAUGGCAUAUGCCACCGACCGUAUGAUGUGAACCAUAAAAAAUCUGCCUGAUUGACAAAGGCCGUUUCUGUUAAAUGAGCGGAAACCAAAUUCAAGAUGGCAGCCGUGGUAGCCAUAUUAAAUAAGCAGUGGCGUCACCGAUCAAAACCAGCCUUCGUGUGGUCAAGUCCAAUUCACCACCAAAAAAUCAGCCGGAUCGACAAAGGCGUUUUCUGUUAAAUGAGCGGAAAC